CUCGUGAGCGGCGAUGUAAACAUUUUUCGAUUCCCAUUCUACUCUGUUUAGUGUUUGUUCGUGUGUUGUGAGUGUGUGACGGGUCCACACCUCUAAAAUGACCGACUUUUUAAUGAACGGUAUUUUGAGAUCAUUUAGAAAAAUGCGCAUGAAUAAGGGCUCGGGUCAAGGCGGUCAUCAACAACACCGUAACUAUCAGCAGCAGCCUCCUCAAAAUGUCAAGACCUAUCAACACACCUAUGCUGUGCAACCAUCGAAGGAUUUGAAAAAAAUUAUUAAAAUCAUCAAAAAGAACAUGAUUAAGGAAAAAAUCACUCGUCAAAUGAAAAUUCUUGUAUAAAAAUAUAACGAGAAUAUAAUAAUCUUAAGACUGCUAUUAAAGUCUGAUUUUGAGAACAAAAUGAAGUAUUCAACAUUUAUAAACGAAAUGAUCUCUACAAAAUUUACAAGAUAUCUUUAAAAAAGGUUUUACAACUUUCAACAAAAUGAUUUAACAAUCCAAUAGUAAUAUUAAGACGCACAUGUAUAAGACACAAUAUGAAUGAAAGCAAGAAUGAUUCAACAACCUGGGCCACCAAACAAAUUUGGAUUAAAGAUGUUCUUAAAAGAUCGGACACUGAGUUGCUUGAUAUAUCCAAAACUCCAAAGAAUGCCAUAAGAACGUCGCCGGAAAAAGGUAUCUAAGAUUGUGGCGAACAUUUCUUUCCAAAAAAGUUCAGACAAAAAAAGAUUUUUCGCGACGCCAUUUUGUUUCGGUAUACGCAAUUUUCGCUUAUGGGCAAGGUGUGGGGUUCGAACUAUCAUAAUAACAAGACUGAGUUAGAAAGUGACAGACACCCUA